GCGGGCGUCGCUUCCAUUCCCACCCAUGCCUCCUGCUACAGAGUAUAGACACACUCUUCUUCCCUUUUUGACCGGAUCCCUCUUAUUCUCGAGGCGGAGACCACUUCCUCCCCUUCCUGCUGCCUCUUGCUUACAAGUCGAUGGAUCCCGCAGUUGACCACGAGCAUGCCUUAGAACAACCAUGAUACGCAUCGCCACAAGAAAAGUAGUCGCGCUGGCCGCCCUGCUGUUGACCCUAUGUCUGUGCCUUUCCCCGGUCUAUGCCGUACAGGGCGGUGCAGGUGAAGCCACCAUAGAAGCCGCCCAGGUGCGGCGAAGAUCGACCCCAUCUCACCUUCAGAGGCAUCGCUCGCUCUCGUCUCGCGACGCCUCGACGCUCAUAGGCGGCGGCAAGAACAACGAAGGCGCAGCACAUGGACCAAUCAAGGCGCCCUCAGGCUCCAACUUUGUCGACCUGCCCGUGGGCACCAGGGGCGACCUGAUCGGAACGUAUUGGACUGCCAACCCCCAGAAUAGCUCUGCGACGCAUGCAUUCGUCAUGAUCCACGGCAAGUUGCGCGACGGCGACAAGUAUUGGAGCAUCAUGAACACGGCGCUGGACAGCGCAGUGAAAGAGAAGGUCGCCAACGCAGACGCGCACUCGAUCGUCGUCGCGCCCGAGUUCUUCUCCGCGGUGUUGAACUCUGGCGAGUACACUUCGCAUGAACUCGCCUGGGCCGACGUCAACGCAUGGCAAGCCGGCGAGCUCGCGACACAUCCGUCCGGCACGCAGUCGUCCGCCUUCGAAGUCCUCGACGCCUUUGUCGCCGAGUUUGCCGACAAGUCAAAGUACCCCGUCAUGACAAACGUCACGCUCGUCGGCCAUGGUGGCGGCGCGCAGCUCAUGCAGCGCUACGCCGUCGUCGGCCGCGAUGCGCCGGACGGCAUCCACGUCCGCUACGUCUACGGCGACCCUUCGUCGUGUGUCUAUUUUACCACUGACCGACCGCAGGUGGACCCGUCCCUAGCGACCAUCGAGACGUGCCAGUACUACAACACUUGGCGCUAUGGCUUUGACAACUAUACGCAGGACGUCGGCUUGUCGACGUCGGCAACACCUGCAAAGCAGCCGAUCGACUUUUUUGCGCAGUACAUCAAGCGCGACGUCGUCAGCCUCAUCGGCCUGCAAGACGUCGACGCAUCCGGCGACGAGUUCUGCAUGGCACAGCUGCAAGGUGGCGCUAAGCGACGCGACCGCAACCUGGCGUACUGGAAGUACAUCAACACUCUCGCGCGCACCGAUUCUGACAUGACCGGCUUCAACGCGACGUUUUCCGCUCCGCUGCCCGACUGGUCAAACGUCUCACGCAACGCUAUCGCGCACCGGCUCAUCAUCAUUGCUGACGCCGACCACAACCCUGCGCUCGUCUUUGGCUCGUCCGUGGGCCGCGCAGCGCUCUUUGACAGCGACGCGUUGCCUACCGGCUGGAGACCACCCGGUUGGAGUGCGAAUGGCAACAGACAGUCGAGCGCUGGCGGAAGUGCAAGUGAGGCGCAAGCACAGGCGGCAUCCGGAACCACUAGCAGUUCAAGCAAGAGCACGGCCUGCGUCAGGACGCUGGCCAUAGCGGUAAUCGCUGCCUCUGUGGGCGGUGCUAUUCUCCUUGUUUGAUUUGGAAGAAAAACGGACCCUUUUUA